CUUUUCCAACUUGCAAUGUAAAAGGAUAAUACGGUGUUCAGCAAAGAGAUUCCAAAGUGUAGAGCAGCAACUCCACUAUAUAAACAUAACAGAUUAUAAACAACAGAGUUUUGUGGUAAAUAAAUAAACUUAUUAUGGCAUAAACGAUUGCAGACUAGGGUUAGUCUUUAAAGUGCCACAGAACUCUGAUCCUCCUGCAACGCAGGCUAACACGGCUACCCCUUUAAAAGGGAGACUUGGGCACAGAGAAAUGGAUGACGAACCAGAAAGAACCAAACGAUGGGAAGGGGGUUAUGAAAGAACAUGGGAAGUUCUUAAAGAAGAUGAAUCUGGAUCAUUGAAAGCAACUAUAGAGGAUAUUCUCUUUAAGGCCAAAAGAAAACGAAUCUUUGAGCAUCAUGGACAAGUUCGACUUGGGAUGAUGCGUCACCUGUAUGUAGUGGUAGAUGGAUCAAGAACAAUGGAAGACCAAGAUUUAAAACCUAACAGGCUAACUUGUACCUUAAAGUUAUUGGAAUAUUUUGUUGAGGAAUAUUUUGACCAAAAUCCUAUUAGUCAGGUUGGCAUUAUUGUGACUAAGGGUAAAAGAGCUGAAAAACUGACAGAGCUUUCAGGGAAUCCGAGAAAACACACAGCUGCGCUGAAAAAAGCUGUAGAUAUGACUUGCCUAGGAGAGCCAUCUUUAUAUAAUGCCUUAAACUUGGCCACACAGACAUUGAAGCAUAUGCCUGGGCAUACAAGCAAAGAAAUCUUAGUAAUAUUCAGCAGCCUGACAACAUGUGAUCCUUCCAAUAUAUAUGAUCUAAUUAAGUGUUUAAAGGCAGUUAAGAUCAGAGUGUCUAUUAUCGGCCUUUCUGCUGAAGUUCGAGUUUGCACUGUACUUGCUCGGGAAACUGGGGGAACUUACCAUGUCAUUUUAGAUGAAAGCCAUUAUAGAGAACUUCUGAUGCACCAUGUCAGUCCACCACCAGCUAGUUCAAGUACUGAAAGCUCUCUUAUUCGAAUGGGCUUUCCUCAGCAUACCAUUGCAUCUUUGGCUGAUCAGGAUGCAAAACCAUCUUUUAGCAUGGCGCACCUGGAAAACAGCAAUGAUCCAGGUCUUACACUGGAAGGUUAUUUCUGCCCCCAGUGUAGAGCCAAAUACUGUGAGCUUCCUGUGGAAUGCAAAGUUUGUGGUCUUACGCUAGUAUCCGCACCCCAUCUGGCUCGAUCUUACCAUCACCUGUUUCCUUUGGAUGCCUUUCAGGAAGUCCCACUGGAACAAUAUAUAGGAGAACGUUAUUGUCAAGGAUGCCAAGGAGAAAUUAAAGAUCAACAUGUCUAUAUUUGUAAAGUCUGCCAGUGCGUGUUUUGUGUAGAAUGUGAUCUUUUUGCUCAUGAUACUCUGCACUGCUGUCCGGGCUGCAUUCAUAAGCAUCCUGUUCCUCCCUGUGUGUGAUGCCACCUGUCGAUCAAUACUGCUUGUUACAUUCCUGUGAACAGAAAAUCCAGGUCAACUGUUCUGUAAAGGUCUUUAGCAAAAUGGGAUAAAGGUGAGGAAGAGCACUUUGCUGAAUGCUUAUGUAAAUAAUGUUUUCAUGCCCAGUUUGUAAUAUACAUGUGUGCACACUUAUUUGUAAAUUGUUUUUGAACAGUGUUUUUAUUUGGAAUUAAUCUGAAUAGUAUGCCAGUUUGUACCUCUGAAAGUGUUAAAAUGAAUGUGUACUAAAUAAAUGGAUCUUGUUUUUAUUUUUUUUAAAAAAGAGAAAAAGAUAAUAGGCUGCAAGCCUAAGCACACUUAUGCACAAAUAAGUUUAAUGUAAGUCAUUAGAACUUAAAGUUUAGGAUGAGACAGGAUGCAAAAUCCCUGGUGAUAGCCACUCUGGACCUUCUAGAGCUGCUCCUCUGUGUAGACAAAAAGUGAGACUAAUGCCAGGUAAUCUCCAUUUCAAUAAAAAGUUUAAUGUGUUGUGUUUUCUUUUUCCUUUCUACUAUAAGAAUGUUUACAGAUAUAGAGAUGUGAAGAUCCAGAAAAAAAACCUUUUUUAACCCCCCCCCCCAAUUUUCUAUUUUCUUUCCGGGCCUUCACAUCUCUAACCAUGGGUAAGAGAAGUUUUAUCUGCUCUUCAACUUCUGUAGGAACUGACCACGCAAAGCAUACAUUCUUCCCCUAUCUGAAGGCUUCUAUAAAGCAUCUUCUAAUGAAAAUAUUGAGGGGGGGGGAGAGACAGAGAGAGGAGGAAGUGCUGUAUCAAUAGGACCAUGAAGUUUAUUCUAAAGUGAAUCUUAAAAACUUCUGAGAUGCAUCCGUUAACAAGAAAUCAGGCACUAUUAAUUCAUGUACUAUUCAGAAACAAGGCUGAUCUGUACUUGUCCAUCAUAUUUUUAAGAGUCAAAAUUGAAUGUUGUUUAUGAUUAUUUGUAUUGUCUAAUCUUGCGUUUUAGCUUAUCCUCCUUGAGAGUGAUCCUGUGCAAGUGCUGAUAAUGUUUCAAGUUAUGUAAUCAACAGCUUCUACACCUAUUAUUAAAUAACUUCAUUUACUUUUUUGA